AUGAAGAUCAAGAUGAAGAGUCACUUCCUUCCUUUCGGCUACACUCAAACCUUGUUUCAGCGACUUCACUUGUUGAGGCAAGGCAUGAGAUCGGUGGAUGAUUACACCGAGGAGUUCUAUCAGUUGGUCGCACAGAAUGAUCUAUCUGAGACAGAAGAGCAGAUGGUGGCAUGGUAUUUGGGAGGAUUGCGACAGCCCCUACAAGAUGCCAUCAGCCUGCACUCGCUAUGGACCAUUUCUGAGGCCUAUCAGCGUGCACUUGUCGCAGAGAAGAAGCAGAACAAGCGGCCCGUAGUCAGAAGCGAUCAAGGCAAUCGCCCGGGGCAUAGGGCAAGUGAUUGCAGGAAACCUGCCAGCCAGAAGGGCAAGAACCUCCUACUUGAGGAAAACGUGGUAGAUUUCACGUAUGAGGAGACUGGAGAUCCAGUGUAUGACGAAGAUGGAGAUGAAGAUGUACUGUAUGGGGACAGUCAAGAGACUCUAGUCAUUCGUAAGAGUUUGCUGACUCCCAAGGGGGACUCUGGAGACGAUUGGUUGAGAACCAAUAUUUUUCAUACAACUUGCACAGUGGCCAACAAAGUUUGCAAGAUGAUCAUUGAUAGUGGCAGUUGCGAGAACGUAGUGUCCAACGAGGCUGUCCAAAAAUUGCAGUUGAAGACAGAACGUCAUCCCAAGCCAUACAAGCUGUCGUGGCUCAGCAAUGGGAGUGAGGUAAAAGUACAUAGACGAUGCCUAGUGUCUUUUUCUGUUGGCAAGAAGUAUUUUGAUAAUGCUUGGUGUGAUGUAGUUUCUAUGGACACUUGUCAUAUAUUGUUAGGCAGACCUUGGUCGUAUGAUCGCAGUGUGGUGCAUGAUGGCAGGAAGAAUACAUAUUCCCUUAGUAUCAAAGGGAAGAAGAUUGUGUUAGCACUCCGACGGGACGAAGCCAAUCCUGUCCCGAUAGCUGAUAAUACUAACCUGCUUUCUAUGUCCAGGUUCUUAGUCGCAGUUGAGCUUGAAGAUAGAGUUUAUGCUUUACUGCCUUGUGAGAAUAGUACAGUAGACGAGACUCUAGAAUUGCCACCAGAGGUGCAACAGAUGCUAGCAGAAUUUUCUGACCUCAUGCCAGAAGAUUUUCCUCCCGGACUACCACCUAUGCGAAAUAUCCAACAUCAGAUUGACCUGAUUCCUGGGUCGAUUCUGCCUAAUAGGCCAGCUUUUCGCCUCAGUCCCAAGGAAGCGGAAGAAUUGCAGCGACAAAUGGUAGAGUUGCUGGAGCAGGGCUACAUCCGUGAGAGUAUAAGCCCAUGUGCAGUUCCUGCCCUGUUGGUACCAAAGAAAGAUGGUUCAUGGUGCAUGUGCGUUGACAGUAGAGCAAUCAACCGGAUCACAGUAAAAUUUCGGUUCCCAAUUCCCCUCUUGGAUGAUAUGUUGGAUCAGCUAUCCGGUUCUUAG